AUGUCAGACAUCGCCCAAUUCACCUCCGUCUUCCGCGCCCACACGCUCUCCGAUCAACAGCGGAGAGUGACCAAGCGCAACCGCCAGCCCGUCUCGUGCUCGGCCUGCCGCUCUCGCAAGCUGAAAUGCGACCGCGCGCAGCCAUGCGGCGCUUGCACCAGGCGCGGAGACGCGCACGCGUGCAGAUUCGGGCCCAAAGUGGCUGGCCAGCAUACAGCUGUCUCAAACAACGGCAAGGAAACCCGUGCUUCUGCUCCCGCUCCCGUAGCAGCCCAAAAUCCAAGUCAUGAUGGUGUGGGAGAGCCGCAGAAACAGCCUCGCCAGGAGGUCCAACUCCGUCUCCAGAAGCUGGAAGACAUGGUCCAGGACCUGGUCCGGCGGGGAUCGGGCCCGUCCAAAGACCGCUGCGCACCUCCGGAUAUACCCGCCCAAGCCGGCCCGACACCGACUGACUCGGACCCCGGCCGCGACGAACAUUCCCCGCCCCCGGCGCCGGUCGAUGGGGAAGAGGCCUACUACGGCGCCACUCACUGGUCCGCACUGCUCCACCACAUCCGCGAGAUCCAGACGGCCCUCGAACCAGACCACACGGUACCCCCUGAACAACCACCGGGAACCGCCGCCUGCUCCAUCGGUCCGGACUUCCUAUUCGGCGCCGUGCCCCCCUCCAUCACCAUCCAAGACGUCCUCGCCAGUCUGCCCCCGCGACAAGACACCGACAGACUGCUCAGCAUCUACUUCCGCGCCCGCUUCACGGCCGUCCCCUUCAUCCACACCGGCCGCUUCCAGCGCGAGUGCGAGGCCUUCUGGGCGAACCCCGACGGCGCCAGCUUCCUCUGGAUCAGCAUCCUCUUCUCCAUCAUCACCACCGCGACCGUCAUCAUCAGGGGCAAAGGCCCCGCCGAGGCGCUCGGCCUGAGCAGCAGCUCCCUGCAAGAGCCUUCGGCCUACAGCGGCCGCGCGGUGCAGUGCCUCGUCAAGGGGAACUACCUCGCGGCCAAGACGUACUCCGUCGAGGCGACGCUCCUCGUCGCCUACACCCGCAACAUCGCCAGCAGAGACCACGACCCCGUCAUGUGGAACAUGUUCGGCGUCGCGACCAGGCUCGCCCAGCGCAGGGGCUACCACCUGGAGCCCAGGCACCUCUCGUACGACGUCUCGCCCUUCGACGCCGAGAUGCGCCGCCGCACGUGGUUCUACUGCGAGACCUUCGACCUCCUCCUCUCCUUCCAGCUCGGCAUGCCGCCCAUCAUCCACGAGGGCGAGAGCGACGCCCUCGGCCCGGGGAACCACCCCGACGAGGACUUCGACGAGACGACGGUCUCCAUGCCGCCGCCGCGUCCGGCGCUGGACCCGUCCCCCAUGCUGUACUACAACCAGAAGUCGAAACUCUGCCGCAUCCUCAGGCGGGUGAUCCGGCACGCGCUGUCGCCCUCGGAGCCCGCGUACGCCGAGACCCGCGCGCUGGACGAGGCCCUGCACGCCUGGCGCGCGGGGUUGCCGGCGUGCCUCGCCGUCAGGCCCAUCCGGUCCACGGGCUUCUCGGAGCAGAACUACACCAUCAUGCACCGGCUGAUGCUGGAGCUCAUGUUCAGCAAGGCGCUGUGCGUGCUGCACCGUCGGUACCUGAGCCGGGACAAGAAGGAAGCGUGUUACGCGGGUUCGAGGGAGACGUGUCGGCGGGCGGCGUUGAGAGUGCUGGAGCUGCACGAGGAGUUUGACCGCGAGGCGAGCCCGGGGGGGAGGUUGUUUGAGGAUCGGUAUAUGCUGAGCAGUCUGGCCUUGCACGAUUUCAUGAUUGCGGCGAUGGUGGUUGCUUUGGACCUGAACGAGUCCGCGGAUACCGGUGACGAGGACUACGAGAGGAAGAUGAACGCUCUCAGGACGGCGGCGAGGAUUUGGGAUGGUCGGUCCAAUUGCUCGAGGGAUGCGAGAUAUGCCGCGGCGGUUUUGAGGGCGAUGUUGCGCCGGUUGAGCCGCCGGGAGAUGACGACGAUGAACGUGGAGGGAGGGACCACGACAACGGCCUCGGGAGUACCCUUGGAUCCUGCGAUCACCACUUUUGGAGACUUGCCCGCGUCUGACGUCGGCUUCGUGGACGUGGCCCCUGGGUUGGGUGGGCUGCAGGGCGUGGAUAUGUUUCCGGGCGACUCUGUCGACUUCAUGACCCUCGACAAUGCUCUCAAUGACCCUGUUAACCUGGACUGGACUUUGUUGGAUCAGUACCUGUCCAAAGCCCCCAACGGGGAGCUUUCGAUGGACUUAUCGAUGUGA